AUGUCUGGACGGGCUCCUUCCAACUACAACUACGACCCGAGACGGGGCUCUAGCACCCGGCCCGCCAAUGGAUACGGCCAGGGCCAGGGCCAGGGAUCGACAAGACAAGGUCAAGGACAAUCAAGCAGAACCCCUCAGUCAUACGCCAUGACCGAAUAUUUGAAAACCGCCCACAGGCACGAAACCUGGGACUGGGAGAAGAAAGCCAAGGACAGGAACGACAAGAACCAAAGGCUUUAG